GCUCGAGACCAACGGAAACGGUCAUAGACCUGUCCCGUUGAUCCACACGAGAGAAACGUAUCUAAAAGAGAAACAUGCAUUAGAUUUGUUACAACGUGUCUGAUAUUUGACUGUUUGUCUAGAAUAGAAACGUUCAACCAAAUAUCCCUUUCUGAGAACUCGACGGAAAUGGGGACUUUUCCUUUAAAUGUUGUCAGUUGUUGUGUAUAAUAUCCAGGAAGUGUGAGGAUUCCUCCCCAGCUGAUCUACAGAGCCAGACGGAAGUCUCCUACUCAGGGCUUUUAACGGUGACCGGACAAGGAGACAGUGCUGUUCGGGAAAUACUGUCUGGAAUUAAUCCCGUGGAUUAUCAGUGGAGACACGGCCCGGUAUCCCCCCCCACCGCCUCGGUCUUUUUCUCCCGGUCGGUCGGUCGGUCGGGUGGAUCUGCCGCGGUAGGACUGUCAUGAUCCCGGGCUGGGAAUGGCAUCGUUUCCCAGUGUUUGUAAGAAGGUCGGACCGGUGGAGGAGGAGGAGGAGAACGGAGAACCGGACCGUUCUCUACAAGACAUGUUGAAGGCGAUAACCGACGAACGGAACCGUCUUACUAUCAGACAAGAAAUCAGUGGACUUGGGUGUCGGGAGGUGUCUUCAGUCCUGGUCGCUAGGGGCAAUGAGAGGGAGGUGUCUUCAUUCCUGGUCGCUAGGGGCAAUGAGAGGGAGGUGCCUUCAGUACUGGUCGCUAGGGGCAAUGAGAGGGAGGUGCCUUCGGUCCUGGUUGCUAGGGGCAACGAGAGGGAGGUGCCUUCGGUCCUGGUUGCUAGGGGCAACGAGAGGGAGGUGCCUUCAUUCCUGGUCGCUAGGGGCAAUGAGAGGGAGGUGCCUUCAGUACUGGUCGCUAGGGGCAAUGAGAGGGAGGUGCCUUCGGUCCUGGUUGCUAGGGGCAACGAGAGGGAGGUGCCUUCGGUCCUGGUUGCUAGGGGCAACGAGAGGGAGGUGCCUUCAGUCCUGGUAGCUAAGGGCAAUGAGAGGGAGGUGCCUUCAGUACUGGUCGCUAGGGGCAAUGAGAGGGAGGUGCCUUCGGUCCUGGUUGCUAGGGGCAACGAGAGGGAGGUGCCUUCGGUCCUGGUUGCUAGGGGCAACGAGAGGGAGGUGCCUUCAGUCCUGGUAGCUAAGGGCAAUGAGAGGGAGGUGCCUUCAGUACUGGUCGCUAGGGGCAAUGAGAGGGAGCGCCGCAUCGUGUUCUGGACAUGGAUGUUCUCCACGUACUUCAUGGAGAAGCUGUCGCCGCGGGAACAGGACGACAUGUUGUUUUACGUCCGCAGGAAGCUGUCAUACGUCAGCCCCGACCAAUCAGAGGGCAAGAAGGUAGAUGUGGAGGUGUACAGGAGAGACUCUAAGAAGCUUCCAGGUUUAGGGGAACCUGACAUCGACUGGGAGGAGAGUGUUUACCUGAAUCUGAUCUUAAUGAAGCUGGACUAUGUGGUGACGUGUGCCGUCUGCACGCGCUCAGAUGCAGGAGACAUCCACAUUCACAGGAAGAAGUCUCAGCAAGUGUAUGCGUCGCCAAGUAAACACGCCAUGGACAGUAAAGGGGAGGAGUCUAAGAUGAGCUACCCCAACAUCUUCUUCAUGAUUGACAACUUCGAGGAGGUGUUCUGUGACAUGACGGUAGGAGAGGGGGAGAUGGUGUGUGUGGAGUUGGUAGCCAGUGAUAAGAGCAACACGUUCCAAGGAGUGGUCUUCCAAGGUUCCAUCCGCUACGAAGCUCUAAAGAAGGUUUACGACAACAGAGUGAGCGUGGCGGCUAAGAUGGCCCAGCGCAUGUCGUUCGGCUUCUAUAAGUACAGCAACAUGGAGUUCGUCAGGAUGAAGGGGCCGCAGGGCAAAGGUCACGCUGAGAUGGCGGUGAGCAGGGUCCCGACCGGAGACACGUCCCCCUGCGGCACGGAGGAGGACCUGGACUCCCCCCUACACGAGAGGGUGACGUCGUUCAGCACCCCUCCCACCCCGGAGAGGAACCGCCCCUCGUUCUUCUCCCCUUCUCUCCGUCGGAAGGUCCCCAGGAACCGCAUCACUGAGAUGAAGAAGAGUCACUCAGCCAAUGAUAGUGAAGAGUUCUUCAGGGACGAGGAUGACGAGGACCUGUGUAACCAGUCCAACCUGCGGUCUCGCUCCCUGUCGGGUACAGGACGCUCCCUGGUGGGGUCUUGGCUCAAACUGAACCGGACAGAGGAGUACUUCCUGCUUUACUCCCACCUGACCUACGUCACCCUGCCGCUGCACCGAAUCACCUCAGAUAUCCUGGAGGUGAGACAGAAGCCCAUCUUGAUGACAUAGCAGAUCAGAGCUCCAGUCCUCCCUACGAAGUGCCUUCCUGCAUCAGGCCCUGACUGACACCACUACAACCCAGUGGUGAGAUGGAAAACUACAGCAACACUACCACCAUCAGGUGGUGACAUGGAGGAAUUACAGCAACACUCCCAUCUGGUGGCGAGACAGAGAACUACAACCAAACCUGGAAUUACAGCAACACUACCACCAUCUGGUGGUAACAUGGAGGAAUUACAGCAACACUCCCAUCUGGUGGCGAGACAGAGAACUACAACCAAACCUGGAAUUACAGCAACACUCCCAUCUGGUGGCGAGACAGAGAACUACAACCAAACCUGGAGUCAACGGCAAGAGAUGACUAUUAAAAAAAACCUUUGGCACAAUGAAAACCAGCCAAUCAGAAAGUGCCUCUUCCCUCUGUCACGUUCCUGCUCGAUGAGGAUUCGCCGGUGGGUGCGAGGCGGUCGCCAGGGAAACAGGCAUAGCAACACGCCUGUCCUGUCAGGAUCACGAAGUGAAGUGCCAUUGUCUGAACUCUGACCUGGAACUAAAAAUGAUUUAGAAUGUCUCUGGACGAAUCUAAAAUGGAACUCUAUUUCCCAGUUUAGUGCACUAACUUUGACCUUGGCCCUAUGUGGACUCUGACCUAUAGUAGUGCUCUAUAAAAGGGAAUAGGGUGCCAUUUUGGACAACGUCUCUGUUUUGUUGUAAAUAUCCUGCUGCUUAACUAGUCACUGAUAAGCCUUUAGGAAAGGUGACGCUUCUGUCUGUGUUUUGUGUUUCUAUCUGCGAGGUUCACUGUGUGGCGGGGGAAGGUUUUAAAAGGGGAUUGUGUCUCUAAGUCCCAGGGCUUUGUUGCCUGUGGUCUUCAGCCUAUCAGCACCACCACUGACACAUAAAUGAUGUUACUCUGAGACCAAAAUGUCACCGUUAUUCCCUGUAUUGACCAGGGCUGUAGUAGCCAGGGCUGUAGUAUCCAGGGAGUAGGUUUCCAUCCGGCAAACGGUCUGGGGAUCCUUUAACCCUACAGUUUUAACGGGAUUAACUUUCAACGGGGAAUUUUUAGCAUCCAUAUAACAUUAAAAAAAAAAACUACUUGUAAAUUCACACACACACGUAUGAAAGACUGAAGAAAGAGGAGUAUUUUUCCUCAGCACUGGAAACAAGAUGGGUGAAUAUAGAAGCCCAGGGCCUGCUGAUACUCAGCUUUAGUAGUCGUAGAUACAAAAGCCUGUUUCUGUCUGGUCUGACCUCGUCCCCAGGCUGCCGUGUAGAGCCUGGUAACUGUGGGACUGUCUGGAACUUAAAGGGCUGUGGAUUUACUGAGUGACGUGCUCAUUAAUUCAAAUUCUGAGCGAAUCACAUGACUGUGAGGCUUUAAAUCGAGGAGUGGGAGGGAGCGAACCUGGGUUAGUUGGUUUUAUGGAAGCCCGUUCCUGCCACCCAAAAUACAAUUAAAUGUCCAUACUGCCUCAACAUUUUGAGCUUCUAACUAGACAUUGAGAUACUAAAACCAUUUAGACAGAACAUGCAUACUUUUUUUCAUGUAGUGUAUGUGGACACCUGGUCGUCCAACAUCUCAUUCCAAAAUCAGGGGUAUUAAUAUGGAGUUGGUCCCCCCCUCUUUGCUGCUAUACCCGCCUCCUCUCUUCUGGGAAGGCUUUCCACUAGAUGUUGGUACAUUGCUGCGGAGAUUUGCUUCCAUUCAGCCACAAGAGCAUCUGUGAUGUUGGUCGAUUAGGCCUGGCUCGCAGUCUGCGCUCCAAUUCAUCCCAAAGGUGUUGAGGACAGGGCUCUGUGCAGGCCAGUCAAGUUCUUACACACCACUUUUGUAUGGACCUCGCUUUGUGCACGGGGGGCGUUGUCAUGUUGAAACAGGAAAGGGCCUCGUCCGAACUGCUUCCAGAGGCAGUUUGGAACUCGGUAGUGAGCGUUGCAACCCGAAGACCGAUGAUUUGUACGGGCUUCAGCACUAGGCGGCCUACCACUUCACGGCUGAGCCGUUGUUGCUCCUAGAUGUUUCCACUUCACAAUAACAGCACUGACCGGGGAGCAGCUCUAGCAGGGCAGAAAUGUGACAAACUGACAUCCUAUGAAAAGUGCCACGUGGAAUAAAAAAAAUCACUGAGCUCUUCAGUACGGGCCAUUCUACUGCCAAUGUUUGUCUAUGGAGAUUGCGUGGCUGUGUGCUCGAUUUUAUACAUCUGUCAGCAACGGGUGUGGCUGAAAUAACCGAAUCCACUGAUUUGAAGGGGUGUCCACAUACUUUUGUGUGUGUGUAUAUAUAUAUAUAUGUAUGUGUGUGUGUGUAUAUAUAUAUAUGUGUAUAUACAUUGUGUGUGUGUGUGUAUAUAUAUACACUCUGUGUUUGUUCAUUUGUAGCAUUAUGUGGUAAUGUCCAUCUGUCCACGUCGCAGAGUCCAUUGCUGAACUGGCAUUUGCUCCAACACUUUAUAUUGUUUAAUAAAAUAAUUGACACAAAAGCA